AUGGGUAGAUCAUUACGAAAGGCCAAGCAAACUGUUUCUACUUCUCUACGGUUAAACGCACCUCAACUGUCGCCAGAGAGAAUGAGUGCCGAUUUGUAUAAGAGGAUUAGUGCCACUCGUUCUCUUCUACUCGUGGUUGGUUUAUGGCCUUAUCAUCAAUCAAAGUUCACUCAAAUUCAACGGCUGUUAAUCUUUAGUAUUUUAUCGAGCUUUAUUGCAUUUCAGUUUACAACGUUUGUGACUGCAGAAUGCACUACUUAUUUCACCAUUAAACUUCUUUCUUCAAUAUUACUUUUUAUUGCUUGCUUAUUUCUCGAUAGCUCGUUCUGGUUUCAUAUCUCGAAUGUAAAGUAUUUACUGGAACAAAUUCAGUAUAUUUGUUACUACCUCAAAGACGAAAAUGAAAUCUCUAUUAUUAACAAAUACGCGUCCAGCGCAGAACGCAACUCAAUUAGAAUUAUACGUAAGACAAAGUUUGAUGUUUUUUAA